AUGAGCCUCGCCAGCCGACAAUCUGCCUGGAUUAGUCAUGCCAAUCCCACCUUUUCUGCCCGUCGUCGCCAACACGCGCCGGAAUCCAUCACGCACCAAGGCAACAAAGGCAAGCAAUACCAGCCCGUCGCAACCAAAAUGGCCGAGCCACAGCCCCGAAAUAUCCACGAGGGCGCAACAAUCGCCGAUGUCGAAGAAGAGCUCCAAUCCACCGCCAAGUCUGCCGAGGACCGCAAGGCCGCCUCUGCCCUCGCCAGUCUCGACGCCGCCGGCAACGACGACGCAGCGGGCAGAGAUGUCGAUCAGGAAGCUGUCAACAAGGCCAUGAAGAGCCUUGGCGGUGCGAAGUCCGCACCAGCCACCGCGUCCGCCCUCGCCAAGAGCGUCAAGGUAGAUGCUGCCGACCUGGGCCUGCUAAUGCAUGAGUUGGAGCUGUCGAAACAAAAGGCCACCGAGCUACUGAAGGCACAUGACGGGGACGCCCUCAAGGCAAUGCGGGCUUGGAUCAAGGCCUAA